AACCCGGAAGUAAAAUCCACAUGCAAAUUGCGCGUGUGCGGAAACAAUCAAAAGAAAAGAUGGCAUUCACUGGGUUUACUAGUUUCUUCGCCAAAGAUAAGACAUUCAAACCAGUAAAGAAGAAGGCUUUUGAGCCUGGCACCAUAAAGUAUGACCUCCAUAAACACGCCAAUGCGUCAUUACAGUCGGGGAUUGAUUUAAAAAGUGUGGUCAAACUGCCUCCUGAUGAAAGUAUAAAUGACUGGAUAGCUGUACAUGUGGUAGACUUCUUCAACCGAAUCAACUUAAUCUAUGGCACUGUUUGUGAUUACUGCACGGAUGAGUCGUGUCCAAAAAUGACUGGUGGGCCUAAAUAUGAAUACCAUUGGUGUGAUGGUGACAGGUAUAAGCGACCCACGGCACUACCGGCCAAUAAGUACAUCAGCUUAUUAAUGGACUGGGCCGAAGCUCAAAUCAAUAAUGAAGAAAUAUUCCCGUGCAGAGUCGGAGUGCCAUUUCCAAGGAACUAUAUAGCCACGUGUAAAAAAAUCCUGACCCGAUUGUUUCGAGUUUUUGUUCAUGUAUAUAUCCAUCAUUUUGAAAGAUUAAGGGCCAUAGGGGCGGAAGCCCACAUUAACACUUGCUACAAACAUUUCUAUUACUUUGUGACGGAGCAUGAUUUAGUCGACAAGAAGGAACUUGAACCACUGAAGGAGAUGACCAAGAACAUCUGUUGACCUUGGAUUGCGACCGCUGGUGAUAUUUGCUGUAGAAAGGAAACAAACAACAAGUCAAUGCAGGACUACUGUAAUGUAUUCUGUAAUGCUAUUCAAGAGUAAUCAUGGCGUGGCCGUGAUAUCGUAAAUGCUUUUUCCCGCCGUGUUGUACAUGCUCCCCAGUUACUCCAGUCACUUAUAGAGGGCAGCACUGCUGUGAGGGUUGUAUUCUGGCGGCAUUUCAUGUAUAAUCCGGACACGAUGGUUUGAGGAGAGACUGUGCCAAACUUUCAGAGACAAGAAAAAUGUGUAAAGAUGGGGAAGGAUCAGGCUGCACUUGUUUUCAAAACUUUUAAAACACAUUGGUUUGGAAAUGACUGUUUUUACUGAAUGCUGUGGAUUUGACAUAGAAAUUUUCUGACCAAAAUUGCUUUACAUGUAAACUUCAUAGUGGUUGAAUUGUGGGACUCAAACCCCAGCUGGUGGCAAAUAUGCCCAGUCCAUACAAGUUAGGCUCCGGCGUAACGGCUGUAUGAACAGCUACUGGAAACUGUAGCGUGUCUCUGUUGAGACCUAGACUAGUGUUGUUGUUGUGAAGUGCUUUUGGACACAACUCGGUCAAUAAAAAGCACUGUAUUAAAAGUGACAGACAUUACAGUUGUGUUUUCUCCAGUCUUCUCGGCCACUCCCUACCUCACAAGUAUGAUGACAUGCUUGCAAA